AUGUGGGCCGCGUCGUGCCUGGCGUCCUGCUGCGCCGCCUGCGCGUGCGAGGCGUGCCGCACCGCCGUCGGCAGCAUCGGCCGCCGCUCCGCGCGGAUCGCCUACUGCGGCCUCUUCGCGCUCUCCCUCCUCGCCUCCUGGGUGCUCCGCGAGGUCGCCGCGCCGCUCCUCCAGUCCAUCCCAUGGAUCAACCACUUCCACAAGACGCCGGACCGCGAGUGGUUCGAGACGGACGCCGUGCUCAGGGUCAGCCUCGGCAACUUCCUCUUCUUCACCAUCCUCGCCGCCAUCAUGGCCGGCAUCAAGGACCAGAAGGACCCGCGCGACAAGGUCCACCACGGCGGCUGGAUGGCCAAGAUCUUCUGCUGGGUCGUCAUCGUCUUCCUCAUGUUCUUCGUCCCCAACGGCGUCGUCAGCUUCUACGAAUCGAUUUCCAAGUUUGGAUCUGGACUGUUCCUUCUCGUUCAGGUUGUUCUUCUGUUGGACUUCGUGCACGGAUGGAAUGAGAACUGGGUUGCUAAAGAUGAACAGUUCUGGUACAUGGCUCUGUUGGUUGUAUCGGUUGUUUGUUAUAUUGGCUCAUUCGCUUUCUCGGGUCUACUCUUUCACUGGUUCACUCCAUCGGGGCAGGACUGCGGACUCAAUAUGUUCUUCAUUGUCUCCACACUGAUUCUUGUUUUUGUGUUCGCUAUUGUUGCGCUGCACCCAAAGGUCAAUGGAAGCUUGCUGCCUGCAUCAGUUAUAGGCCUUUACUGCACAUACUUGUGCUACAGCGGACUCUCCAGUGAGCCAAGGGAUUAUGAGUGCAACGGGCUUCACAAUCACUCCAAAGCUAUGUCAACUGGUAGCCUUACGUUGGGAUUAUGUACCACCAUCCUUUCUGUGGUCUACUCUGCUGUUCGUGCUGGCUCUUCUGCAACCGUGCUCUCAGCACCAGACUCACCACGCGCCGGUGCCGACAAGCCACUGCUCCCCUUCAGCAAAGCGGACGAGGAGGAGACUAAGGACGUGCCAAAGCCGGUGACAUACUCCUACUCGUUCUUCCACCUCAUCUUCUCCCUGGCAAGCAUGUACUCAGCGAUGCUCCUGACUGGCUGGUCGACCUCGGUUGGCGAGAGCGGAAAGCUUGUCGAUGUCGGGUGGCCGUCUGUCUGGGUCAGGAUCGCGACCCAGUGGGCAACAGCAGGUCUGUUCAUCUGGUCCCUUGUUGCUCCCCUCCUGUUCCCAGACAGGGAGUUCUAG